AUGUGGUGCGUGCGCAGGGGGUUUAAUGACGACUAUGCAGUGCCCCAUCCCCUGACUAAUUAUAGUAUGUCUGUGUCUGCAUAUCAUCCUGGUUGA